CGGGCGAGGACAAGGUUUUUCUACUAGCUCGACACCGUACCCAGUCUACUUCGCCUUUAACAUCGGCCGUCUGCCUGUCCUCAAUUUGUGCGAUCAGAGUGUCUGAUCGAUCAGAGUGUCCAGCCCACGGGACUCGAGUGCUUCCUGGAUCUUCCUGUGCCGGUGCUGUGAAGUAUGCGUGAUGGAUUGUAGGCCCCUCUGAGUUACUCUCUGUCAAUUCAGAUUGUACGUGCGAUCGCCUUCACGGUAACCCUGUGAAUGAGUGAAAGUGUUCAAUCGGACCGAUAAUCGAUCGUUUGGACACGCGGUCCACAAGUGAAGCUUUAAACUCUUGCCAAAAGAUCCUGGUGGUGUCCGGUAUGACAGAGAAUACGCGUAUCGUUGCGGACGGUGUGGCGCCGGUGAUCGUGAAAGGGGCCACGGCGAACGGACAUCACCCACAGCUAAAUGGGGGCCCGGGAGACAAGAAAUCGGCCGUCCCACUACUCGAUCACGGUGGGAUGCACGAACCACCGGAUGGGGGAACCCGCGCCUGGCUAGUCAUGGUGGGUGCUUUCCUCUGCAACGGCGUCCUGUUCGGAGUGAUCAAUACUUACAGCGUGGUUUACCUCAGUCUGCAGAAGCAACUGCAAGAGAUCGGCGACAACGAAGCGUCCAGCAAAGCAGCACUGGUUGGAUCACUUACCAUCGGCACGACAUUUCUGCUCUCGCCCGUUGCCGGUAUUCUCACCGACAAGAUUGGUCUCCGCCGGACCACCUUCAUUGGCGGACUGCUAACGUGCGGCGGCAUGUUCCUUUCGUCAUUCUUCACGCACAGUGUGGCCGCGCUGUACUUUACCUACGGUAUCAUGUUCGGGCUGGGUGCCGCACUGGCUUACACGCCCUCCCUAGCCAUCCUCGGCCACUACUUCAAGCGGUAUCUCGGGAUGGUGAACGGUGUCGUUACGGCCGGCUCCAGUGUGUUCACCGCCAUAAUGCCCGUCUGCCUGGACUACCUGGUGCAGCACACGGGACUCGCCACGUCCUUCCGCAUCCUGGCCGUCAUCUCCAGCUUCGUGAUAUUCUGUGCCCUGCUGUACAAGCCGCUGCAACCACCGCCACCGCCGCCGAAGAUAAAGCCCGGCCGUUCCGCCGUGAACACUUUCCUGCGGUCGUUCAUCAACUUCGACAACUGGAAGAAGCGUCGCUACAUCAUCUGGGCCGUCUCGAUCCCGAUCGCUCUGUUCGGGUACUUCGUCCCGUACGUGCACAUGGGAAAGUUCGUGCAGGACAACUUCCCGGGCGAGGGUGAGAACCUGCCGGUCAUGUGCAUAGGCAUAACAUCCGGGUUGGGCCGGCUGAUCUUCGGGUUCAUCGCCGACAUGCCACGCGUCAACCGGGUACUUCUGCAGCAGAUGUCGUUCGUACUGAUCGGCACGCUCACGAUGUGUCUUCCGGCCACGGGCUCAUUUCCGCUGCUGCUGGCCAUCACGCUGGCGAUGGGUCUGUUCGACGGAUGCUUCAUCUCGUUACUGGGCCCCAUUGCGUACGACCUUUGCGGACCACGGGGAGCUACGCAAGCGAUCGGUUUCCUGUUGGGUAUGUGCUCGUUGCCACUGACACUUGGGCCACCCGUUGCCGGAAUGCUCUACGAUCAGACCGGUUCGUACCGUUUGCCGUUCAUUUUGGCCGGCAUCCCGCCACUGUUUGGUGCCAGCACGAUGUUCCUGAUCCGGUGCGUGAAGGAUGAUGAAUCGAAGAAGAGCAGCGUAGCGGAGCCGAGACUGGAACCUUUGGCUCACAAUGCCUGGGACUGUGAAAACCCGGCCAAUGCCAAGCCGCUGGGAGGGCAGCUGCAGCUCGAGCGCCGGGCAACGUUGGCCAGUUCAGAAUCGCUAACCGUGGAUAAGAAUGAAACGGGGUAAGAAUGGGCCACGGAGAGAAAGUGAAGUAAAGACCGUUAACACAGGUACGAAAUGAAGGAGUGCUAUAGGAAACGUAUCAUUGGCAAAUUAAAUGCGGCGAACAAAAGAUACCAAAAGGAUUCUCGUAGCUAGGGAUCAUUGUUUUGUUUUAUUUUUGUUGUGUAGAUAGUUUAGUAGUCGGUGAAUGCUGCCCUGUACUAGGCCACAUACUCAACAAGACGAGAGUGUAUUUGUGUGAAUGCACCAAAUAGAUAGCUACAAAGAUAGGCAGAAAGACAAAAACAUGAAUACCAUGGAAGAAAGAAAAUGUAGUAUGAAAGUGAAAAGAUAUACUAUGAAUUGCGUUGUCCGCAAAAUGCAUUUCAAACAAGAAUACACUGUCCAGGUACAAAGCCUCGCUUUCGUACAAUAUUUAUGUUCUAGUAAAUAGAGUGUAAUUCUGUAGACGAAACUGAUAAAUAUUUUGAUUGUUGUAGAAUACUGAAAUGUAAUUAGAGUUUUUAUGGGGAGAAUGGGGAAUGGGGAUAAAACUAGAACCGAAUCUGAAUAAA